AUGGCGUCGCAAAUUCAUUUUCUUGAUAUCAAAGGCAAGCCGUUGCUCUCUCGUGAUUAUAAAGGAGACAUACCAAAUAACACAAUUGACAAAUUCCCAUUGUUGUUGAUGGAAAAUGAAGACCAAGACAACAAUGAGGACUACAAGCCAUUUAUAAACUCCCAAGGUAUAAACUACGUGUAUAUCUCUCAUAACAACCUUUACUUAUGUGCGCUAACCAAAAAGAAUGAAAACGUUAUGGCAAUCAUUAUCUUUCUUGGGAAGUUGAUUGAAGUGUUGACCCAAUACUUCAAGUCGUUGGAGGAGGAAAGUAUUAGAGACAAUUUUGUCAUUAUAUAUGAGUUGUUGGACGAAAUGAUGGAUUACGGGUGUCCUCAAACGACGGAUACCAAGAUAUUGAAGCAGUAUAUUACCCAGGAUUACUAUAAGUUGAUCAGACAAACAUCGGCAUCCAGCCGUACAAUGGUCCAGCCUCCCAAUGCGGUGACUAAUGCAGUUAGUUGGAGAAAUGACGGCAUUGUAUAUAAGAAGAACGAAGCAUUUUUGGAUGUUAUUGAACUGAUCAACAUGUUGAUCAAUGCUAACGGUCAAGUUUUGAAUAGUGAAAUAUUGGGACAAAUCAAAAUUAAGUCCAAUCUCUCUGGUAUGCCAGACUUGAGAUUGGGAUUGAAUGACAAGAACAUUUUCAAUAUCAGUGGACAUGGUUCUGAUGCUGCAGAAAGUGGUGCCACUGCAGGUGCUGCAGGUGCUACUGGUAAAGGGAUUGAAAUGGAAGACAUAAAAUUCCACCAGUGUGUUAGAUUGUCCAAAUUUGAGAAUGAGCGUAUAAUCACGUUUAUUCCACCGGAUGGGGAGUUCCAACUUAUGUCAUAUAGACUUUCUCUGGCACAAUUCUUGAUGAAGCCAUUAAUCUUGGUUAAUUGCAAGACCAAGGUACACAAACAUUCUAGAAUUGAGAUUUUAUGUUCAGUCAAGGCACAAAUAAAAAAGAAGUCCACUGCUAAUAAUGUUGAAGUCAUUAUACCAAUACCUGAGGAUGCUGAUACUCCUAAGUUCACUCCGGAGUAUGGGACAGUUAAGUGGUACCCAGAGCGUUCCGAAGUUGUGUGGAAAUUGAAAACUUUCCCAGGAGGUAAACAAUUUCAUAUGAAGGCAGAGUUAGGGUUACCUGCAGUUAUGGACCAAGAGGAGAUAUUCAGUAGCAAAAAGCCAAUUAAGGUCAAAUUCAAUAUUCCGUACUUUACAACUCUGGGAAUUCAAGUUAGAUACUUACGAAUUAAUGAACCUAAAUUGCAAUAUCAAUCAUACCCGUGGGUUAGAUACAUUACCCAAUCUGGUGAAGAUUAUACUGUUAGAAUGAAGUAA